GUGAAUUCCGUUGCAUUCCAUUGCCUUGCUUUGCCUUGCCUUCAUUCAUUUCAACUCAUCAAUACUUUCUUUUUGAGGUUUACAUUUUUACUCAACAGUUGUAUACAAAGAUCAUUUUUUAUUUUCAGUUGCCUUUGAUUGUGAAGUUACAAAGAACUAAACAAAGCUAAAAGCAGCUUUCCCCUGAAUCCUGAAUAUCUUCUUUUUUUAUAUUCUCUUCAUCUUUUACAUUCACACAAUCAAACCCUCGCUAAUUCACGCGGAAAACCUUGAAUGGCAGCUUUAUCAACUACAUCACACUCCUCUGCUGGCGGUGCUACUGCAUCAACACAAUCAAACGGCACAGGUGCUUUAGCUUCAGGAACACAACAAGCCAAUAGCACAAGCACAGCCGUUGGCACUGGUACAGAAGUCUGGUCCAGCUUGCUCAAGAGCGUCGCGUCCUCACGCCUUGUGCCCACAAAAGAUGUCAUCAUCCUUGGUGAUCCUCAUUCUGGAAAGUCAACACUGAUUGAACUUCUCAAGACAACUACCUCAUCCUCGAACACUCUUGCAAAAAAUGCUGAUGGCUCCAACGGAGCUGGUGUCCUUCCCUCUGGACCCAAUGGAGCCACCAACACUGGCAAUGGCUCUGCACCCGUCAUGGUUGAGAUGGGCACCAGCACAGGCGAAGAUAACAUGUUUACAGACGGACAAAAGAAGAAUGACCUUGCUCUUAGCUACUCUUUUUGGAAUGUUGAUGACGAGGAGAAUGAAGACACUGUGGCUAGGUUGGGUAUAUAUCAGAUUGCAGGAUCGCACAAGAGCUAUCAUGCGCUACUCAAGUAUUGCUUCAAUUCAAAAUCUAUUGCGGAUUCGAUUGUGGUAAUCGUCCUGGACUGGUCAAAGCCAUGGACAUUUAUGGAGACGCUAGAGCGCUGGGUCAGAGUCCUUGAAAUUGCCAUUCAGCAGAUUUGUCAGGAAGGAACCGCAGCUAAUGUGGCAUGGAGCAAAGGAAAGGCAUUGAUGGACGAGCUCCAGGAGAAGUUAACCCGCUUCCUUCAAGAAUAUACUGAGCCUCAAGCACAAUCUGCCAAUGGAGCAUCAACCUUUAGUGAAAGCCAAACAUUUGGUCUUGGAUCCACUGAUGCUGUACUCUUACCCUUGACUGAGGGUUGCCUUACCAACAAUACAGGAGUACCCAUCGUUAUUGUCUGCACAAAAUCCGAUCAUAUCAACAUCUUGGAACGCGAGUUGGAUUACAAAGAGGAGACGUUCGAUUAUAUCCAACAGUCUCUUAGAACCAUCUGCUUAAAAUACGGCGCAAGUCUGUUUUAUACCUCAAUUCAUCAUCCCCAUACGUUUGCUGAUCUUCGUCAAUAUAUCCUUCAUCGACUCUUGACUCCUCAGACCACCCAUAGCAGCAGUGGCACCGGCGCUAACACCCAGCAGCAGCAGCAGCAGCAGCAGCCUUCCUUAUUCCCUUUUAGACUUCGUGCACAGGUUGUGGAGCGUGAUCAAGUCAUGGUUCCUGCUGGCUGGGACACAAUUGGAAAGAUCAAGGUAUUGAGGAAUGGAUUUGACUGCGAGGGCGUAGCAGAAGGAUGGGACAUGGACAUGAAGGCAGCUGAAGGAGGGGCUCAGCAGCACCAGACAGAUGGACAUAAAGACACAGCUGGAGCUCGGCAGGUGUAUGAGGAAGUUAUCACAAAUCCAAAGCACAGUCAUGCGCCGGUAGCGAUACAACCAUUAAUUACAGCAGAAGAUGAUCAAAUAUUUUUGGACCGAUUCCUUGAAUUACAGCGUGCAAAUGAGCGUCCUAAUGGCACAUCUGCUAUGAGUGGAGGUCUUGGAUCACACGGUGUACAGAGUGGAUACCAUGGACCCCCUGUUGUGGGACCUCUCGGCUCUGGGUACAAUGCCAUGCUCAACAGUCACCAUUCCAGUCCACCACCAUCCAUGUCAUCAGCGCAUUCAGCUAUUGGUAGUGCAGGAGCACGAGCUGGGGUGAAUGGACAUGAUGCAGAUGAUAUUGAAGGACGUUUGAAGAGACUUGUGUCAAAGAAGCCCAAUGGAGGAGUAGGAGGUACUCAAUCAGGGUUGAUUGGUCCCGCUUUGACAGAUCAAGGACUGACAACAACUAAUUUUAUGAAAAUGAUGGAACAAGGACGACCAUCCGCAGGACCACCGCCUAUCGGUGUUGGUAGCGUCCCUCGAGCAGGUGGAGGAGCAGCUGGCACACUUGGUGGCGCCGCUGCAGCCAAUGGUCAAACGGAAUCUGCAGCUCUAUCCAAUUUCUUCCAGUCAUUGAUCACUCGCAAGGGGACUGGGUCUGGUAUUGCUGGAGCUGGAGCAGCCACUGGUGUAUCUUCGCCAUCAGCAGCGCCAGCUCCAGGAUCUCCGGGAUCAGGAAAUCAUGGUGCAUAGCGAGAAUAAAAAAUGGCAUCAAUCUUUUUUUUUCUGGCUACUGCAACCAGAAUCUGUGAGAUACAUGCUCUUUUUUAUUAUUAUUAACCAUAGCAGGAAGAAGAAUAUACGAAACGUUAUGAUAUGACAACGACCAUCUUCUGUAAACGAACACUCAAUAAAGAAUCAUGCAAU